GGCCUGCUCGCCGAACAACGGAAUCGAAUGAAAGGAAAAAAAAGGAAGAAGAAGCAGACGGGGCGAAUUAGUCGGAAUAGGUUUUCAGGCUUCGGCAGUCGUAGUAGAGCGGUACGCCGCGUUUGACCGUUAUUUUGCGGAGAUUUUUGCCAGUUUUAGGAGAAGGUUUUCAGGACAAAGUAUUGCUUGUCUUGCACAUUUGUUACAAGAGUUUAUUGGAAAGCGGAAAGCUUUUCCCUUCCUUCGUCGGAGCAGAACAUCUAAAGAAGAAGAAGCGGAAGCAGUAGCAGCAUCCGUUUGUUCCCCCUUUCAACUGUGUGUGCGCGCGCGUGUAUAUGUAUGCAAGUGUGUGUGCCUGUCUGGUGGUGCAUUCGAAAUCAAAGAUACCCGUGACACGACGCUUCGAGUGUAUACGUGUGUUGUGUACCAGUGAGUGCGCACACUUCAUCUCAAACAAGUGAGAACACACAGUAUUUGGAAAGUGUCGGGGCAGCGUGUUGUGCAAACGCUGUGUGCAGUGCUUAGAGAAAGAGCACAGCUUUAAAGGACAACGCUUGAUUAAAAAAAAAAACAAGUUUGUGAACAUUUUUGAACUAUAAAAUUGCAGUGAAUUUGGUGGCGAGAUAUCAAACAGAACAGUACGUAAUUACUCUUCCCAAGGUGUGCAUCGCCGUAAGUGUGUGUGCGCGUGACAGUGUAUAGGAAACUAGGGCGUUCGGUAAAACUGUUUCGGUAAAACGGUACCGCUUCACCCCCGCUAAAAAAGAACACUUUUCUCAUCGUAACUUUCGUCCCAAAUCCUACGGUGGAAGGAAGACAACAAAACUAUACGAACGCUCACUGUAAUAUGAGUAAUGCUAUUAACCAAAAUGGUACAGGUCUAGAACAGCAGUUUGCUGGUCUGGACUUGCAGCAGAAGCAGCAGCAACUUGGCGGCGGCGGUGGCAGCAACCCAGAAUCCGGAAAUCCUAAGCAUCCGGCCGGGCGGUACGUACCACCGCAAUUGCGAGAAUGUGCUGAUAGCGGUGGCGACUUUCAACCUGCUGAUACCGGUGCCGGCGUUGGUCCUGUAAGCGGCGGCGGUAUCGGUGGCGGAGGUGGCAGACGGGGUGGAUACGGCGAUUCGAACCGGAAUCGUGGCGGCGGCGACUUCGGGCGCUACGGCGAUCGUGACUAUCGCGGAGGCGACUUCAACAGGCGUAGCGGAGGCGGCGGUGGCGGCCGCUAUCAGAACGAUCGGCGCGGCGGCGACUACGGCAACUAUGGCCGCGGCGGUGGCGACCGGGGCUACAACAAUGGCGGUGGCUUCCAGCGCGGCGGGGACGGCGGGGGCUAUCAGAAUUCUGAAGGUUUCGGAGGCGAUCGGCGGGACAACAACUGGGGGUCGUACGGUGGCGCUCGUGGUGGUCCGGGUGGCGGACCGGCAGCCGUUGGCCGUGAUCGACCCAUGGACGGGCCGCCUCAGAAUGAUCGCUGGCCGGAGCCGGGAGCGGCAAUGGGCCCGCCCGGACCGGGCAGCGUCGGCAGCGGUGGCGGAACCGGCCCCGGUGAAGGGCCCGGUGCCGCAGCCGCCGGUGGCAGAUCGUUCUACGAUCGUGGAUCGAACGGCGGUGGCGGACGCUGGCCGAGUGGUUCCGAUCGGCGCGACGGCCGCGGUGGCGGCGCCGGAGGCGGAGGAUACGGCGGCGGUGGCGGUGGAUCCGGACGCGGCCAGAUCGACUACACAGUGCUCACCGAGCGGGACGAGCGUCUGGAGGCGGAGCUGUUCAAACACGGCAACACCGGUAUCAAUUUCAGCAAGUACGAAGAUAUUCCCGUGGAGGCGACGGGCGACGACGUGCCCGGUCACAUCAAUACCUUCGACGACAUUGAGCUGACAGAGAUUAUCGAUAAUAACAUAAAGCUGGCACGCUACGACAAACCGACGCCGGUGCAGAAGUACGCGAUCCCGAUCAUCCUGUCCGGGCGGGAUCUGAUGGCGUGCGCGCAGACGGGCUCGGGCAAGACGGCCGCCUUCCUGGUGCCGAUCCUGAACCAGAUGUACAAGCACGGGGCGGCCGCGCCGCCCCCGAACCGGCCGAUGAACCGGCGCAAGCAGUACCCGCUCGGGCUGGUGCUGGCGCCGACCCGCGAGCUGGCGACGCAGAUCUUCGAGGAGUCGAAGAAGUUCUGCUACCGGUCGCGCAUGCGCCCGGCCGUACUGUACGGCGGCAACAACACGCAGGACCAGAUGCGCGAUCUCGAGCGCGGCUGCCACCUGAUCGUGGCGACGCCCGGUCGGCUGGAGGACAUGAUCGGGCGCGGCAAGGUCGGGCUGGACAACAUCCGCUUCCUGGUGCUGGACGAAGCCGACCGCAUGCUGGACAUGGGCUUCGAGCCGCAGAUCCGGCGCAUCGUCGAGGAGAGCCGCAUGCCGGUGACGGGCGAACGGCAGACGCUCAUGUUCUCCGCCACCUUCCCGAAGGCGAUCCAGGAGCUGGCGAGCGACUUCCUGUACCGCUACAUCUUCUUGGCGGUCGGGCGCGUCGGCUCGACCUCGGUCAACAUUACGCAGACGAUCUUCUGGGUGGAGGAAAACAUCAAGCGCUCGCAUCUGCUCGAUCUGCUGUCGAACAUCACCAAGCAGAACGACGGGGACGACGAGAACUGUCUGACGCUGAUCUUUGUCGAGACGAAGAAGGCGGCCGACUCGCUGGAGGAGUUCCUGUACAACCACAACUUCCCGGUCACGAGCAUCCACGGCGAUCGUACGCAGGCGGAGCGCGAGGAGGCGCUGCGCCUGUUCCGCUGCGGCCGCUGCCCGAUCCUGGUCGCGACGGCCGUGGCCGCCCGCGGGCUGGACAUUCCGAACGUGAAGCAGGUGAUCAACUUCGAUCUGCCGGCCGAGGUGGAGGAGUACGUGCACCGCAUCGGUCGUACCGGCCGUAUGGGCAACCUCGGUACCGCCACCUCCUUCUUUAACGAGAAGAAUCGCAACGUGGCGAACGGGCUGGUGCGCCUGCUGGCCGAGACGGGGCAGGAAAUUCCCGGCUUCCUGGAGGAGAUGACCAACAGCCGUAGUUUCGGGGGCAAUCGCCGCGGCCGUGUACCGCGCGGCGGUGGUGGCUCGACCUUCGGCUCACGAGAUUACCGUCAGCAGAACAGUGGCCGCUCGGGCGGUGGCUCGCGCGAUCAUCGCCCAAUGGGCGGUGGCGGUGGUGGUUCCCGCGGUGGUUAUGGCGGCGGUGGUGGCGGUGGCGGUGGAUAUGGCGAACGUGACGACGGCUACGGACGCAAUGGUGUUGGCGGUGGUAGCUAUGGAGGAAGCUACAGCAACAACGAUGGCGGCAACGGCGUCGACUGGUGGGGCGAUGGUUACUGAGGCCACCCACAGCGCAGCAUCCGGUAAAGCGCUGCAUGCGGGCUAUUUUGUACCGCAUUAUUAGUGUCGGGUGCAAAAGAUAGUUGCAUCAAGAUAGCAACAACAACAACAAUAUAACAAAAACAUACUUGCUCUAAGUUAAUAAAAAAACUCUCACACGCAUUAUGCAACAACAGCUACGAAAAAAAAACACACAAAUAAAUUACACUUGCAAAGUAUAACUAAUCGGCAAACAAAUCGUCUGUAGAGAAGAGAAAACAAGGGUUAGGAACAAAGGAGAGAAAAUGUUUGCAAAAGCGCAGCGCAGACGUUAAGUCAGCAAAAAAAAAGAACACCAUGAUAUGCGAGAGUCUCAUUGAAAGCAAAAACACUGUUAAUCAGGAUCAGAUAUGAGACACAAGCGCGAAGAGUACGCGUGUGUGUGAAUCAAGGAAGCAAAAAAUGGAAAAAAAACAACAGGAAAAAAGGAGGUAGAGAUAGUAGGAGAAACAUCAUUCGAUACGAAGAGUACAGGAUGUGUGCAAAUGUAUGCGAGAGCUUCUUGAAGGGAGAGCAAAAAGAUAGAUAGGGAACAUCUAUUUAGCGUACAAAAUGGAGAGAAGAGAGAGUGUCAUGUACAACAGAAGUUUAGUUCUCUCUCAGAUCAGAACAAAGCUGAUACACUAAUGCACAUCUGCGCGCGCAAACCAUGGAAAGUUAAUGGAUGAAACUAAAAACGAAACACGUGUAAAACUCACUCUACUCUACUGCAGAAAGUGAUUGCAGGACAACAAAAAAAAAAGAAAUCACACCCCGUCAACAACUGAAAUAUGAAGAAAAAAAAACUUGGCAGUGAAGCCAAUUAUUGAACUUCCCGAA